GACUCCUCUCAGCUGUACAACAAUCCAGCAGCCUCUUCAGAAUGAUCCGCUUUGAGAUCCAGAGAACUCUCGCUCUCUCUGUCUUGUCGAGAGGGUAUGAUGGGAAGUCUAUGUGACCGGUGAGCAUACUCUGAAUGAGCACCAGCAUUGCGGAAGAUUGUCCCAGAGAUGGCGCGACUGAUGUCACGCAGCGGUAGAUCUCGGGCCCUUCUGACUUUCUGGAUACCAUUGGGAGUAUGCACAUCGGUCAUCUGGCCCUCCCAACCUUAGUCUGCAAAUGCGAUCGGAAGCGGACGUUCAUGAGCAGAGCUCAGCGAUCGAGUCCGAUAUGGCUCGACAUGGACGAGAGUGACGUGGAUUUGGGGUCUUACUACGCUCGGGCGUUGACUCACUUCGGCCCUCGAGGUCUUUCCAAUGCCGGGGAAGAUUGAUUUCUCUCUCAGCAGCACUGAAUCUCGUCUCUCCGUGCACUUGGUUUCUGAGGACUUCGAAUGCUGACGGAAAUCGGGUCGGUCCUUGACGUCACUGCAUGAGAGACGAUUGGUGCUAGCUAGAGCUAGAGUGGCUUCUGCAAACGACAAGUCCGUCUUGUCCACGUGAAAGAGAAGCCUGCAAGAUUCCACCGAGUUCCCAUUCCGCGGGAGCAAUGGAUCUUCACUGCCGUGUGAUCACGAGCGGUCGGGUGGAAGCGACCAUCUUGCUGCAUUGCCCAUUGCUAGGUGGCCACAGAGCCCGAGAAAGCUGGAACAAAUCUUAUACCUAUGAUAGAAUAUCCAUCUGUCAUUUCAGCCGACUGGCUGGCUGAAGAAAACCUUUGCCAAUAA